AUGUUCAAUCCCUCUGUCGCAGAAGGCGGUCCGGCCACCGCAACGAGAUCUCGUCGUCGCCAGCGACCCAAGAGCACUGAUAGUCUUGUUCAGCAACCAAAGGCCAAGCGCCAACGCCUGCCUCUCGCCGAACAAACCUUUACCAAUACGGAACCUGAGGCUCAGCCGGAAAUGGUUCAGGCUGAAAAGGCUGAAAAGGUCACCGUGGACUCGAAACAGGAGUCGCCCCCGGAGAAUCCCCACCGUACGCCUCGCAAAGACCUGAAUGUGCGAGCAAAGAAGUCUAAACACGGAGAUCGUGUCGCCAGCAAGGGCGACAGGAGUUUCGUCCUCAAUAGCACGAGCGCAUUCACUGUCUCCAAGCUGCCCGCCUUGCCUGAUCGAAUCCGCUCCGAUUGCUCAGGCAGCCAACAAGCCGACAUAUUUUCCAAUGCCGGAUACGCCUUGAGUCUGACAGCUACCCACGCCAUUGUUUGGGCUUACAACUCGACAUCACAGUCUCCCGAAACCUUCACAUUCACCUUGCCAUCCGCAUCGAAACCGAGCGAUCCCCUUCCAGUAGGAUGUCUUGUCUCGCCGUCUGCGUCUUCAACAGAGCCGGGCCUCGUCGUCGUCAUGUCUGGAAGUGGCAAGGUGGUCUUUUGGGAAUCGAUAUCGAGUGCCGCGACUUUUGCCUUCAUUAAGAAGGACCGAUCCGGAGUUGAACAUGUCAUCUCGGGCAUGUCCUCUGGCGAAAAGGUGGUCGCAAUAACCAACGCUGAAUCCGCCGGCUUCGUCCUCACCUUUAAUACCGGGAGAUUGGCGUACAUGAGUGUUCGAGACAGCCACGGGCGGCCCGCCAUCUCGGUGCAAUUCUUGCGAGCGAACCUCUCACCAACCUCGGGUGGUCUCUUUGGAAGCAUACGACAUGCUUUUUCACACCUAUCGCUCCGGGGCGACAUUGCUGCUGUCCGUGCCGACAGAUCUUCGCGCGUUGGGGAACGCAACAUUGUUGCACUGACAAGUAAAGGCAAAAUCCAAGCCUGGAAGAUUCACCGAGGAGGUCACAACGAACCAAUUGGAGAGGCAGACAUGCGAGAUGAGCUGGUCCACGCGCUUCAGCAAAAUGACCCCUUCAGCAAAGAUUACCCGGCCGACUCGUUUGAAGCCCUAGACUUUACCUACGUGCCCAAGGGACUUGAACCCAAAUAUCUGGAACUCAGCAGGCUGAGCGACGCAAUGGCAACCGACAAUCCAUUGGUACAACAUCUUUUGCUACUGGUCUGCCUCACCAAACGUAGUGUUUCGAGGUAUGUACUGGUGGAGGUCAUCAUGACUCCCAAGGAUUGCCAGAUCGGAAUGAUUCGCCCGAUUACUUCAUAUUCUACAGCUAUUACCGCUUCGGAUCCGUGUCAGACUGUGAGACCUCGUGUGUACCUGCCUCGACCUGCUCUGGUGGCAUUUGCGGUGUUCAGCGGUGCUGCCGUGAUUGCGUCUGUCGCUACUCCUCCCGAAUCUCCAGACUCGCAGUUGCAAUUGGACAAUCACAUCUUGACCCCUUCGUUUGAGGAUGUGGUUGACUUCCAAGUAGACAGUAUCCAUGAAAUUGUUGGGUCAGGGUUCGAAGAAGCAGCGCCAUCCUCUGGCUACGAGGAGAGCCGGUCUCUGCGGAACAACAAGAUCAAGAAUCCGGCUGUGGUGCUCAUGGUGCGCGGCGCUGGAGUUGUGCGCAUCGUCACGACAGAUGUGGAAAAGUUUGCCAGUGAACAGCCCCCGCAAGUGUCUGCCAAGAGCAAGAUAGAGCAGGCUGUCUUCUUCGGGUCGAAGAAAGACAGCCCUCUCAUCUUUGACAAGCGACCGGACGUCAAGUUCACCAACGAGCAGAUCAGCGAAGCCGCUCUUCAAGUCAGCCACGAAAUUCUCAGCUCUACGACCACGUACAUAACAACGCUUCCGGCUUCCAUGGAGGACAACCUUGUGGCACGGUCCAACGCUCUGCAAAGACUCAUGCAGUACCUCAACACCAUUGGCGCUGACCUCGCUCGCAAGACCCGAUGGAGCCUUCUCUAUAACGCGGAAAAGAUGCACGUAGCAGCCCUGCUUUGGAAGCGUCAUGAAGCCUUUACCGCCUCUAGAGCUGCCGAAGAUAAGAAGAGUAUUAUUGGGUUGAUUGUGGAAUUCAUUCAUCAAGAUCAAAAGAAUAAUCCCGUCGCCAGCAUUGGCGAGGUCGACCGCGUGCGCCAUUGGUUUGUCAACGACGUUUUUAGGCUGGAGAUUCUUGUCACCUUUGCAUACCAGGUGAUCAAGGUUCUCUACGCCGACAAGCUCCUGGAUGACAUCAAGGUGAACAUCCUCAUCAAUGAAGCUGUAGAGAUCAACGUCACAGCACAGGUCGGCGCACACGAAUUCCGCAAAAGUCAUCUCUCGCUUUACGGUUUGGGCAAGGAACGGCUACGCACGGGCAUCUUGCAGGAGGACUACAGGAACUUGCCAGAGCCUUGGACAGGAUGUACACCCCUGGCAAAUGGCAUUAAACGGCUCACUGAUUUAUGUGGUCAAUGGCUCAAGAAGCAUGAACACCUGCGAGACGGGCCAAGCGAGCCAAACAUGCCGGAUCCGGUCGUUGUGAGACGGAUUUUUGACGGACUGCCAGUCUUGACGGAUGCUAUGCUUACAUCUGUUCUAGAGUGCGCGAGAUGGGGGAUGGCCAAUUCGGCCGACAGAACCACCGCUGAAGACUUUGCCAAGGCUUACGACGCCUACCGAAAUGACAAGCCGAUUGCUCUCGCCCGAGCGGGUAAAUGGGAGCAAGCUGCUGCGAUUGCCGACAAGCACGGUUGCCUCAGUGCCCUGGCCGUGAUUCUGCUCGAGCACAUUGAGGUUCUGGAAACUAGUUUGGGAGACCCCUCACUAUCCGAUGCGGAGGUUCAGAGUCUGAAAAAUCUGAGACGAGCCAAAACAACAGAGCUUGAGGACAACUUCGCCAGAUGCGGAGAGCCCUUUGCCUUCCCCGUCUACGAGUACUUGCUCAGCAAACAUGGUGUUGAGUCCGUCUUGGAGUUCGACCUGGACACUCUUGGCUUCAAGACCAAAUUUCUCCGUAGCCGCCCAGAGCUUGCUCGGAUUUCCUGGAUCAACGACAUUCAACAAGAAAAGGACGUGUAUCAUGCUGCCAAUACCCUGCUUGAUCUGGCUCUCCGAAACGAAGACCAAGUGUGGAGGAAGAAAAUCGAACUCAGUCUGGGCAAACUCGCGCUGUUGGCCGAGCUCGAGGCUGAGUCUCGGGAACAAACCUCAUUCAAGGCUAAGUCCGACGAUGCGCGCCGCGAUGAACGUCUUCGUCAGGUGGACAAUGAGCUCAUUGUAGUCCGCAUCCAGGACCAACUUUACAACCAGAUUGCUCCGUGCACGCGUACUGCCGUGGACAGAGCUGCUGCCCUUGCAUUUGCCCUUGACGCGCACAGCACCAAUAUCCCUCGACGGCAAAGGGCCCUCCUUCAGCUGUUUUCUGAUGGGAUGCAGAAAUUGCUGGACCACCAGGCACUUGCACCCAUGUGUCUGAUUGACCUGCUGACCCUGGUGUCUUUGAAACCGGAGGCUAGGGAUGAGAUUGCUGAUCCUUUUUGGCUGGCUCUCAAGGUGGCUGACAACAGCUGCCGCCCUGGUGAAAUCAAACAGGCCAAGAGACUUAUUUGGAGAAGGCUGUUCAUCCGAGACGACUGGGCCAAAAUCAACGACACCCAACUGAAGGACGACCGUGAGGUUGUUGAGCGACUCGCAGAAACCGAGCUCUUUGCCAUGUUGACGGACUGCAUUCGAUACCAGGACCCUCGCGAUCCCUUCCAUCCCAUGCCUCCCCAGGAAGCUCUCGGCGUCUUCACAGAUCAACUGGACAGCCGCUUCCAGGGGUUUGCUGAGAGUGAGCAAUCCAAGCUCACUGAGGCAAUGAAAUGGGAGGACAAGCUUCUUGGCCAGUACAUCGAAAAGAACCGUCUGGUAGAGUGGCUCCGCGCAACAUUUGAAGCCGCGCAAAUCGAGGUAGAAAAUACCGUCGAUGAAGCCACACGAGCAGGAGCCUCCGCGGAUCCUUCAUCAUCUAUGCACGGCCACAACCGCAGCGACGACAACGUGAUGGACUCUACGCCCUCUUUGAUCAGCCAGUCUUAG